GUUUCCGUGUCGUCUCCCUGACCCAGGAUUUCAUGCCGGCUGACGAGCAGUACCCGCUGAUAACGCUCUGGGACCCUCAGCAGAACCGGAUUGGGCAGUGGACGAACGUGGCGCACCAGCAGGGGAUCGUGGACCUGACCUACGAGCUGAACCCGGAGCCCCCGAUGGGAACGUACAAGAUUGAGGUGACCACGUCGAAAGGGAAGGAAUUCCACCUCUUCGAGGUCGAUGAAUAUGUGCUGCCCAAAUUCGAAGUGACGCUACAAUUUCCAGAUUUGAUCACGAUCAUCGACAAAAUCCAUCAACGUCAAAGUGUGCGGGAGGUACACUUAUGGGAAACCCAUGCGGGGCGAGGUGAACGGCACUGUCUGCUUGAAGCGAUAUUACUCUGCCCCGGAUCCGGACUUAUGUCACCAUGUUGUGGGCAAG